CGCGAGGCGGCGUAUGGCGUAUGGCGGUGCGGGGUUGCGCCGCGGCCCGCGCCCGUCGCCCGUCAGUCGUCGGGUGAGCGGGGUGCGACGUAAACGCGGACUCGGACUAUGGCGGAAGGGCUGUUCCUCGCUCCCAUAAAAGGGUCGAGUUGAUUGUUGUGCAGUACGUGUGGUACGUUAUAAUGUUUGUGCAGUGAUAUAAUUAUUCUCAAACCGUCGUUAUCACCACGUAUCGGCCGAAUUAAUGCGGAUAACGUAGGUUCCCCUGCGCCUGUCAAACAAAAUGCACUAACACUACGAAACAUGCAAUUUUAAAAAUGGCUUCUAAGUAAACAUUAUCCAUUGUUAAAGUUUUGUUAUAUUGUUCAUGGAACAAGAGAGAAUACUUAUGUAUACAUCAUUGAUAUUGUUAAACCAUUAGAUUUUAAGCCUGAACUGGUGGAAAUCAUAUCUUGGAAAGGAUAGUAAAAAACAAAGAUGGCUACACAAAGAUUCUGCUUGCGAUGGAACAACCACCAGUCGAACAUGCUGUCGGUGUUCGACCAGUUGCUGCACGCGGAGACCUUCACCGACGUCACGCUGGCGGUCGACGGCCAGCUGCUCAAAGCACACAAGAUGGUCCUCUCCGCCUGCAGCCCAUACUUCCAAGCUCUCUUCGUAAACCAUCAAGAGAAACAUCCCAUCGUCAUAUUGAAGGACGUUCCUUACUCGGAUAUGAAGAGUUUAUUAGAUUUUAUGUACCGCGGAGAGGUUAGCGUCGAUCAGGAACGUCUGACGGCCUUUCUGAAGGUGGCCGAAAGCCUGAGGAUAAAGGGCCUGACCGAGGUGAACGAAGAGAAGUGCGACAUUCCCGCGCUCACCAACUCGCUGAUCCAGCAGCAGAGCGGCGGCAACGCGCACACGCCGCCACCGCAGCUACACAGAAUACAUCCGUACAUGCAUCAGAAGCGGCCGGCGGCCGGCAUGCCCACUGGCGGCGCGCCCCCCAACCUCUUAAUGCCUUUAUUGGGCAACGCCCUAAUGCAACCGAAAAGGAAACGAGGUCGGCCGAGAAAGCUGAGCGGUAGUUCUAGCGAUGCGCUGAACACGGCGGCCAGCCCGCCCGGUGAGUUCGUGCCGGAGUCGGCGUCGCACGCGCCCGCGCACCGGGACCGCGCCGGUGACCAGUUGAUCAGAGGCUCACCGGAGAUGCUCGAGGUCAAGAUGUCUAUGGAAGGGUUCGGCGCCGAGGAGGGCGCCACGUCGUGCGGUGAGGAGGCGGGCGAGGCACUUAUGAUCGACGAGGGCGACGACGCCCACUCCAACGAGGCCCCCACCUCCGGCAAGGACUCCGAAUCUGCAGAUAUUGAGAAAACAAAAGAGGAGUCGUUAAACCACAAUCCGACGAACGGACCGACCCUUAAAGUAGAAAAUGGAUCCAUAAAGCAAGAGCCAGUCUCAGAGUCCGCCGACGAAUAUAACGAGCCCAUCGAAUACAAAUACAAUCCGGAAAGAAGCCGCGAAAACUCAAACUCGCAGGAAGGUCCCAUAAAAGACAUUGAAGACAAAACCAGACAAGGUCGUAAUCUAAAGCCAAAGAAUAGUAAAAAACUGCUACCCCAAAUGUCCAAAUUUAGAGCUCGAAACUUAUUCAGUCAGCUCUCCGGUCUCUCCAAUUUAAAUCCGGCACUUAAUAGUUUCGAUAAAUUUCCUCCCGAAACGGUAUUGAUGCCAGCAUUGGCGACACAGUUGUUCGCGGCUGAACUUGAACAGGGCAACCUGAACUUGCCAGCUAACGAAAUAUCCGAUUUGUCGCAAACCAAUUGGGAACAUCGCAUUUUCCCUUCCCCCAUUAGGAAAAAUAACAUAGGUAACGUGGGCAGCUAUCACGAGGAGACUAAUGAAUCCGUAAGGGACUAUUGCAUUAAAGAAGGUGAAAAUGUUUUCCGUUGCAAAAUUUGCGCGAGGGUGUACACCCACAUCAGUAACUUCUGCCGGCACUACGUCACUUCCCACAAGAAGGACGUCAAAGUGUUUCCUUGCCCUAUUUGCUUCAAAGAGUUCACUCGCAAGGACAAUAUGAUCGCGCACCUGAAAAUAAUACACAAAAAUCAACCGAACGCCCACGAACAAAUGGCGAAACAGGAGUCUUAAUUCCAAACAAACUUAUAAUCGGCUACUUAAAUUCUUUUGGAAGUAAAACAGAUCUGAUUUACGAAGUAGGAUUGUUUUUAAGUAAUAGAAUUCGAUUUAAGUAUAGCAGCUAUAGUAGAUUGCAAUUGAUUAGGCGUUCGAGCUCUAAAUUUCACGAAUGUAUCAAUAAGUUUUGUUGAUAUUUUAUGGAUAUAUCGUUUGUUGUUAUAUUUAUGUAUUUAUAUUUAUUUACGUUUGUUCCAUUUGUUUCUUUGAGUGCUUGACCUUGGGCGAUGUUUACGACGAAUUCUAUAUGAUUUACUUGUUAUUUUGCACUCACUUGUUACUUAAUUUUAUUACUUACAAAAAUUUCAGGGUACAAAUAUACUUACUCAUGGUGAUUUUAAAGAGCGUAGUCUGUUCGGAUUACAUGCAAUUCUCAUUGAACUGAAUUAGUUAGUAUAGGAUUAGGUGUUACUUUACGAGUAUACCAAUGGCGCGGCCUUUUUGUAAAACUUAACUUAAUAUUAUAAUAAUACGUACUAAUUAUUUUUUUUAGCACGUUGCAGAUAUCCUAAUGAAGAGGCUAAACAAUUUACAAAAAGGUUGUUGUUGGUACAGUAUGCCAGCGCCAUUACGUAGUGGCGUGGAAUGCAUUUUCAUUUAACUUGCCUUAUUCGUGAUCUUAGAUGUUAAUAUAAUAACUUCUCCGAAGUAAAACUCAACA